GCAGCCCAGCAGGGCAACCACUCGCACCUCUUCACAUCAGCCCAACCCACCAACCACCAUCGCCGAAAUCAGCCCACUCACAGCUCGCCCACCACCCCGCCUCACAGAUAAGCAAGCAGAAUGACUGUUUGGCGAUAUCGACUCCAAUCCACCUAGAGAAUGCAGCCCAAGGAACGAACCUCUACGUCCAAUACCGGCGUCGUGGUAUCCUCGCUUUCGUCGCAGCUCGCCGCCGCCGCGCACACCGAUCCCACCGCCGCAACCAGCCCGAAGCCUGCGACUCCCGAUAGCAAGAAGGACUCUCCAACGAAGAAUUUAGACAUUGUUAUGAAUACCACUGCAGCUACAGCUACAGACGGCCACGGGAGCAGCCCAGGCGUCCCAUUGACACCGCGUCGAUUGAGCGUUUCCAACCGCCUAUCCCUCCAAAUGCCGCCGCGCAAUCCACUCUCACCCGUUCUCGAUCCAGCGCUGGGCUACUCCGUUGCACGGCGACCGCGAUUGGACUUUGCGCGAUCAUGUACGUCAUUACAUCAUUCGACCAUUGCGGAAUCACCAGACUCGUCGCCUCUAGCUAUCAGUGGUGGAUAUCCCAUACCUCGAGGAAACUACAGACCGCUAGAAUCCCCCAUCAACAACAAUCACGGCCACAUUCACCCGGGAUCGUCCCAUGCGUCGUCACUUGGCUCCACCUCGAUGCUCGAUUACGCCCCGUCCGGAGACGAUAGCGAUUCGUCGCUCGAUGACGACUUGGACGGUGACUUCGAUCUGAUGGAUGCGGCCACACAAUCUGCGAAUACACCUACUAACCCCGCACCCAUCGAAUCCGCCGCGUCGAUGUCGCUUCUCAACCACCAGAAGGCACGGUUCGGGACGAGACAGAAUCGGCGGGCGAGCAUCAGUAGGCCGAGACCUAUGAUGUCGCCCUCGCCGAUUAUGCAACCCAUCUCACACAGUUCGAUGAUGAGCGGAGGACUCGAUUUCAUGAGGCGCAGGGACAGUUUGACACUUGGGCCGUCGGCGCUGGAAUACGAAACGGACCGCCCAGACCCCGUUCGGAGACCGGUGUCACGACGCGGAUCGUUGCUACCCAAGACGAAAAAUUUCCAGCGGAUCAAGGCGGCGUUGAUAGAGGAAUCGUCACCAAUCGAUGUGGAGGUUAAACGCGAGGCGGAAAUCACUAGGCAGAUCCGUGAAGAUGAGGAUCCGCAGAUGUCGCCACAGAUGUCGCAAGAGAGUCGAACGAUGGAAUCCGAAUUGGCCAAUCUGCUUGACGACGAGCUAGAGAGCGGAGACAGUGGACGCGGAGUUGGGAUAAGUUUCUCGAAACAGGCGGAACGUCACGGUGGAUUUUGGUUCGGCGAUCAAAUGGAGGGCAUCAGUGGAAGCCCGCCUGCAUAUCCAGGGCAGCAGCGAACGGGCAGCGACGGAGACAUUAUGAUGCAUUCCGAUUCAUCCUGCGUCAACUCGCCCAAUACCGUUCCCGCGGACAUGCGCCGGCUCAAGCGGAGACGCAUGGAUACCGAGGAACGCUUCGAACCAAAUGUUUUCAAAAGAAGGGCGGUGUCUCCAAGCCUCUCCAACAGCCCAAAACUUGCCCAAUCGCCUCCCGUUGGGGGUAAUGGAGGAGGUAAAAGGCUUAAUUUCCAGGGGUUCAGCGAUACCCACGAUGGUCUCAUGAAGAUGAGCCUCCAGUGAUCCAACAUUUGUCGUUUUCUUUAUUUCUAUUAGGUUAUCGUUUUAAGAUGUAUCAUUACAUUCGUGUUUGGUUGUGGGCAGGCGGGCGGUAUGGACGCCAUGGGAUGGUUUUGCAUUGCAAGUUUCGUUUUGUUUUGAAGGAGUUCUUAGGGCAGGCAGCUGGUCAUGUUUAUGCGGAGUUUCGUUAUGUGGGUUUGGCUGGGCUUAGUUAUUUGAACGUUUUCCUUGCUUACUUGUAGGUGGGCAACUACAUACAAUUCUUUACGACCUCACGUCAUGUCCCGCAAUGCAUAUGGUGUCGCGGAUUGAGUGCAUAAACGGGGCUUACAUAGAUCUCCUGCGGCGGCAGCAGAUCCUAUGUAAGUAGGCAGGAGGUAAAGAAAGCUGGGGAAUUCGG